AUGUCUUCCGCAGACAUUUCUCGCAAGCGUGCACGCACCGACGAAGCCAUCCCAUCCGAUGCUUCCAGGGCUGACGAUGACAACCUGAGCAGAGACCAAGCUCGAAAGACUACGUCACGAAGAAUACAAGUGGGACAGAGACAAGGGAAAUGGAAAGACGGCCGCGCCAAGUGGGAAAACGACCGUGCGAAAUGGGAAGACGACCGAGCCAAAUGGGAGGAUGACCGAGCCAAGUGGGAAGGCGAUCGUGCUAGAUGGGAAGAUGACCGUGCUGAGAUAGGGAAAGACUUCGACGAAUUGGCUAAGAGCAAGAGCGAAAUGUACAACAAAUGGGAAAGAGAGGAAAGCAGGUUUAACAACUAUUACGGCCGCUUGGAGAUUGCACUCCUACACAUCUAUCGCGAGAAACUGCCAUCUGGUAAGGAAAAUCAACAACAUGCACCGCUUAAAAAGGAAAUGACUAACGCGGCGUUAGAAAUCCCUGAAUUCAUUCACAACCUUUGGCUGGAAGAUAGUGGUCCUGGAUCCCGAGAAUCCAGAAUGUGGGAAGGGAUCCAGAACCGAAUGAAAGAGAUUGCAGAAAGCUGGAAAGUAUAUCCCGGCUGGAAGCUCAUCAGAAGGAUCCUGUGCGAGGUCGAGCAGAUGUGCGAGAACGCCAACAACCCGUUCUUCUUCAUUGUCAAAGACACAUUACCACGCGCCAAGACGUGGCGCUUUGCUGAUCCUCGCGUAGCCAUGGGAGCAUGGAGCGUUCUCGUAAAGCUGGCUGGUCUGACUAUGAACGAAGGGUCGGUGGAGGAGUGGGCCACGAUCAUGAAUGCCGAGCCAGACAAGCGGGAAUGGUACGAGUUGCUUGACACGAAGAUGCAUCAGACACUCAGUUCCGCUGUCAAAGGGCCGGAAUUCUCUAAGCGUUAUCAUCCUUAUUCUACUCCUAGAGAAAAUGAACUGAAGGAUCUACGCCAGGUGGCAGCGAGGUGGGAAGAUAUCGGCAUGCAAGGCUUUUGCAAGAAGACAAUCACGCGCUUGGGGACAUUUGAUCGGUCUGCUUCGCGGAAGAAAUCGCAAGCUUCUUGCUAG